AUGUCUGACACCGCUGCAUCACAAGGGUGGUGGCAGAAAGCAGCUGUCUCCAUAAGACCAUGGCAAAUGCAGAACAUCCAAAACUCCUUCAAACCCACGCUCAAGAGGCUGAUCCUAAUUGUUUGGUAUGGCCACUUUGCCAGCGUCUCCGAAUUAUAUCUUCCAAUUCCCAAGGGUGCUGACCGCACAUAUUCAUCUCCAUUUGGGAGGACGGAAAUUGAGAGGAUUGAAGUCGAAGUGAAGGAAGUGAGCAGAGUAGCUGUCGAGCGCUUUGAAUAUAAGAUCAGCUGCCUGACGCAAGAGAUGCAAACUCCGAAACCACAGCAGGUCAGACUGGGGUUGUCGUUACAAACAUCCAUGUGGUUCAAUUCUAUUGACGGGGGAUCGCACUCACGUCAGAAAUAUUGCCGAAUGGUGAGAAUCGACGCUAUGCCAGGUAUGUCUGGGUUUUGUGAGGAUGGGCUCUUUGCAACGCCGAAGUCCGAAGAAAUGAUUGCUGAAAAUUUCAUGGCUUCUUUCGGAAAUCCUCUGAAAGCCGCCGUCCACCGGAUGCGGAGCCCUUGCAGACAUGUCGAGGGUGAUCUCAAGGGCAUCUUCAUCCUAGCCUUCUACGGAGGGACACGGGAGGACUGCCUCAGGAACAUCUAG